CCACAAGGCAUCUUGUCUUGUCAUGAUUUCUUUUCAAUGACAGCUGGCAAGCUGAACAGGUUGCACAGGCGCCUAUGUGCUCCUCGGUUCUGGGGAGAUGGGGAAACAUGGUGCAGCGCCUCGUUUCUAUAAGUACUCUGAUACCUCCGUCUCCGGCUUCUCCAACCCAUUCCCUUGCUUCUUCCUCCAACUAUGAAGUGGUCCACCCUUGCUGCGGCCGUGCUGGCCUCGCCCGCCGCCUUUGCUACUCCCCUUCUCGAGUCCCGCACUCCUGGUUCGUUCAAGGUCGGCGUCAAGCACGUCCUCGGUGAGCAGCGCAAGCUCAACUCGCGCAGCACCGGCCAGGAUGGCGUCACCUUCAACGGCUACUGGCUCGCCGAUGUAUCCGCAGGUGGCCAGGACGCCACCGUGCUUCUCGACACCGGGUCCGCUGACCUGUGGCUCCUCAGCCCUCAGGUCUCCUCCGACCAGACCGCGGGUCAGAAGCUCUACGACCCCACCCAAUCCUCGACGGCCUCGCAGCUCCAGGGCUACACCUUCGACAUCGGCUACGGCGAAGGCGGCAACGGCGUCUCCGGCGACGUCUGGACCGACACCUUCUCCGUCGGCACGGCCACCGUGCAGUCGAUGCCCAUCGGCGUCGCCAACACCCUCAGCGGCGUCUCGCCCGGCACGUUCCAGUCCGGCAUCAUGGGCCUCGCCUUCCAGGGCGGCAACAGCGUGAAGCCGAACCAGCAGCCGACGUUCAUGGAGGCGCUCCAGCCGCAGCUCGACCAGCCCGUCUUCGUCGCCAACUUCAAGAUCGGCGGCGGCGGCUUCAUCGAGUUCGGCACGGUCGACAGCUCGCUGUACACCGGCGACCUCGCGACGCUGCAGGCGGACAACACGACGACCUACCCCGCGUCGUGGUCGUCCGAGGGCGUGCAGUACGUCUCGAACGGCAACACGCUCGGCACGUUCGACAUCGUGUUCGACACCGGAGGACCCGGCUCCUCCGGCCCCAUCGACGCCGUGCGCGCCUACUACGCCCAGAUCUCAGGCGCCAAAGACGUCAACGGCGACGGCUCGAGCUGGACCGUCCCGUGCGGGCAGCAGCUCCCCGACCUCGAGUUCCACUUCUCCGGCGGCGCCGUCGGCACCAUCCCCGGCGCGAACAUGUACAACGGCGACAACGGCGACGGCACGUGCCCGACGUGGUUCGUCAAGGAGAACUCGGCGACCCGCGGCCUCGUCGGCGACGCGUUCUUCAACAGCAACGUCGUCAUCUUCAACCAGGCGACGGCCACUAUCCAGUGGGCGCCCCAGGCAUGAGAGAUGAGGUUAAUUUAUGUAUUUGACUCGAUUGGACGUGUUGCACAUAUAAAAGGGCUUUUGGAAGAUACCUUUUGCAUAUUGGCUGACGAUUGUUACGGCGAUAAAUGUAACUUAUGCUGACAAGAUCAUCACUAAACUGGAGCGCGACUGGCUCAUAUUAACAUGGAUGUUAUCGUGUUCUAGCCCUCGUCAAAAUCCAUCUUGAUCUGCA